AUGGAGGGCGGGUCGCUGGUGGCGCUGAGCUUGGUGGUCGGGCUCCUGGCCCUGGCCGUGGCGCUGGCCGCGGGAUGGGGGCGGCCGGACCCGGGGGAGCCCCCAGGGGACACCGCCGGCAAGAAAGCAAACGGAGUUUCUGUCAAGAAGCCCCUGGGGUCCAAGAAGCUGAAGCAGCAGCAGCAGCGGAGCCGUAAGGAGAAGCAUCCGCAGCAUAACUUCACUCAUCCCCUCCUGGCUUCGGCCCUGAAGGGUCAUAGCGGGAACAUCACCUGCCUGGAUUUCAGCAGCAAUGGCAAGUACCUGGCCACCUGUUCGGAUGAUCGCACCGUGCGUAUCUGGAGCACCAAGGACUUCCUGGAACGGGACCAUCGCUGCCGGCAGGCCAACGUGGAGCUGGACCAUGCCACCUUGGUGCGCUUCAGCCCUGACUGCAGAGCCUUCAUCGUCUGGCUGGCUAACGAGAACACCCUGCGGGUCUACAAGAUGGCCAAGCGGGAGGACGGCGGCUUCACGUUCACAGCGGCCCCCGAGGAUUUCCCCAAGAAGCACAAAGCGCCCAUCAUCAACAUCGCCAUCGCGGAGACGGGCAAGUUUAUCAUGACCGCCUCCAGCGACACGACCAUCCUCAUCUGGAACCUGAAAGGAGAGGUGCUGGCCACCAUCAACACCACCCAGAUGAACAAUGCCCACGCUACCAUCUCUCCCUGCAGCAGGUUCGUGGCCGCGUGCGGCUUCACCCCAGAUGUGAAGGUGUGGGAGGUUCGCUUCAAAAAAACUGGAAACUUCCCGGAGGUGGUUCGGGCGUUUGAGCUGAAGGGUCACACGGCCAGGGUCUACUCCUUCGCCUUCUCCAAUGACUCGCGCCGGAUGGCCACGGUCUCCAAAGACGGCACGUGGAAAGUCUGGGACACCAGCGUGGAGUACAAGAAGCAGCAGAACCCCUACUUGCUGCUGACGGGGCGCCAUGACGAAGCCGCGUCCCGGCCCUGCCGCCUGGCCCUCUCCCCGGAUGCCCAGGUGUUGGCCCUGGCCAGCGGCUGCAGCCUGUGGCUCUACAACACCAGGCGGGGCAAGCAGGAGGAGCACUUCAGGCAGGCCCACGGGGAGCCGGUGGCCGACCUGACGUUCGACACCACGGGCCGCUUCCUGGCCUCAUGUGGGGACCGGGCCGUGCGGGUCUUCCACAACGCCCCCGGCCACCGGGCCGUCGUGGAGGAGAUGCAGGGGCUGCUCCGCAAGGCCACCAACGAGAGCACCCGCCAGAGACUACAGCAGCAGCUGAGCCAGGCGCAGGCCGCCCUGGACAGCCUGGAGGCCCCUCGGGGCUGAGGCGGGGGGCGAGGCACUGGCCGAGGCUCCUCCCAACUCUCCGCUCCUUCCUUCCUGCCCGCUCCGGGGCCGGUUUGGUGGCACUGCCCUCGGGUGGAGACGAUAAUGUGCUCUGGGACAGAGAACUGGGUUUCACUGACCUACCCUGAAGCCUCUGCUCUCCCCUUAUUGACAGGGAAUAAAAGCCACGUGCCCAGGCUCCAAUAGCGGGUGCCUGGGGGUAGGAGGGGUGGCACCAGGUGAUGGCAGGAGGGGCUUCCUGCCUCUAAGGCAAAGAGAGGUGGGAUCCCAUCCGCUCAGCACCGGAGGGAGGGAGGAAGUCGGAAGAGGGGAGCUGGCACUUCUCCGAUCUUAGGCCACACAUCCAAAUACGUAGCGGGACGAGCCUCGGGGGAAGAGAUCGGGACCCUUGGCCAGAGGGAAAGAGAAGCACGGAGGAUUGGGAACAGACAGGUGCCCGUGAUGGCAGGAGUCUGACUCGGUCAUAACCGUGGACAGGUCAAGGCUAGCCCAUUUAGUGCCUCAGUUCUUCCCAACUUUACAAGGGGGGAAACGAUCCCCUCCUUCUGCCUACCCCACGGGGAUUCUGUGAGGGUGAAAAGUGCUUUAGG